AUGCCAGCAAGACGGAAGAGCGUGGAGCUAAGCAUCAAGAGGCAAGCCAUCGAAUGGAUUGUGAGCGAGGGUGGCGGCGUCCCGUCGAGAGCGGAAGCCCAUUUUCGUGCGUUGGGUUGGCGCAUUUCGGCCGGCGGGUUUCGCCAGUGGUGGCACAACCGUGACCAAAUCCUGGCUGGCCAAGGCAAUCGUCGUCGACCGGUGCUGGGUGAAGCCGAGGACGUGCUUGUGGAUCUCAUCUACAACCGUCGCCUCCUGAAGGAGAAGGUUACGCGCGACUGGAUCGCCGCUCAAGCGCACCAGCUUUUUCGCUCCAGCAGGACGGAGGAGGAACACGAAGAGCACCCGAUCGGAUUUGCCGCUUCUGAUCCAUGGAUUACUGCGUUCAUGCAGCGAAACGGACUCAGCCUUCGCCGCCGCACCAAUCUCACGACGCUCACGGACGACGAGCUGGUCAGCCGAGCUGUUUCCUUCAUGCAUCGAAGAGUAGGCGCUUUGAUAGUGGUGGCAGAUAAACCACAAAAUACAUCUUGCUGGCAUUGA